GUGGACUUGACCCAGAUUUGAAAGCUGCCUACAGCUCUUUCAUGAAGUCGUGUGAGAAAGGUGGGAAGAAGUCAGUAAAUGCGUGUCACAACGUCGGGCUGCUGGCUCAUGAUGGGAGAGUACAUGACGAUAAACCUGACCCUGUUGUUGCUAGAGACUAUUACACAAAAGCCUGUGAUGGCAAUUUUGCUCCUAGCUGCUUCAACCUCAGUGUAAUAUACCUCCAAGGAGCCCCUGGGGUCCCUAAGGACAUGAACCAUGCUCUGAAGUACUCACUGAAAGGGUGUGAGCUGGGUCACGUGUGGGCUUGUGCCAAUGCCAGCCGAAUGUACAAACUGGGAGAUGGCGUUGAGAAGAAUGAUGCUAAGGCAGAGGAACUGAAAAACAGGGCAAAACAGUUGCAUAAAGAACAGAGAGAAGCCCCAAGUUCUUUAAAGUUUGGGGAGUAA